AUGAGUAGUUCAGUGAUCACCCGUGAAGUGCAGAUUCCUGGGAUUGGCCCAGAAGAUGCCACAUGGACAGCUGCUGAAGAUGCUGCCCUAGAGGAUGUCCUUGAGCCCUUGGAGGCUGUCAGGGUCCAUCAACACCUCGAUGUUGUAGAAGUCUGUCUGGGCUGGGAACGGAACAACCGCUAUAGCGUGUACAACACAACUGGAGAGCAGAUCUUGUACGUGUAUGAGGCUACUCAGUGCUAUGCUCGUCAGUGUUAUGGCUCAUUGCGAGAGUUUACCCUCAUUGUGACAGACAACGAUGACAACCGCCUGCUGUACCUGCAGCGACCACUACGUUGCUCGUCUCGAUGUUUCUACUCCUGCUGCUGCCUUCAGGAGAUGAGUAUCCACACACCCCCUGAUUCUUUGCUUGCACUUGUUAAAGAAAGAUGGUCAUGUUGUAUACCAGAGUAUGAACUAGUAACACCUGAAGGGAGCGCCUUGUUCCAGAUGGAGGGUAGCUGUUUCCACUGUCGAUGCUGUUGCAGUAUCAGCUUUGUGGUAAGAAAUGAUUCUGGGGUUGAAGUUGCUACAAUCAGAAAAGAAUGGGGAGGCUGUAAAGAGUUGAUAGGAGCUUGCAACGAUUUUACCAUCAAAUAUCUCAAUGGCUUGUCCAGCAAUGACAAGGUCUCCAUAUUUGCUGCAGCAUUUCUGCUGGACUUCAACUACUUUGAGCGACAUGGAAAGUGUUUUUGA